UAUCAUCUUCUAUAUUCCCACCGUUGAUCUGAUUGGAGGUUGUGGGAGUGGAGAGAAGAAAUGAUGGCAAAAUUAAUUCCAAAUUCACAUGAAAUGAAAAUAGCUUCCACUGUCCCAUUCCCCAAAUGCUAUAUAUCCAUGGCUUCCCUUUCGAAGCCUCCUUAUGGUUGUGUAUCCUCUCUAAUGGACUCCAUUUAACAUUCGCCCUCUCUUUUCUCCAUUCCCUCGUAGAAUAGAUUCUUAAUUUGCCUUUCCAAUUUUUGAAAUUCUGUUUUCAAUUUCCUUUUUUCGAUCUUUGAUAUUUUGGUUUAGGGUAUCGAAUAUAAUUUGGUUGUUUGAUGGCAAAAGGCCGGCUGUUGACCACCAGCAGAAGCGAGCGGUUGCUUGGAAGCUAUAGCUACGGACACGGCCAAGGCCAAGGAGACACUGCCGUUGACGACGUGGAACUUGGUGAGGAAGAUGUUUGGUCGAUGGUCGAUAACGUCGCAGACCGAGGAGACAACGUGAUUGUCGAUAAUUCUCGGCACCAGUGGAAUCCUCGCGCUGAAGCUGAGAGUAACGAGAAUGGGAACUUCGACGUGAGGGGGAGUAGUAACCGUCGAAUUCCCCGGGGCGAUCGGCACGUGGGUGGGUUGUCCUUGGCUUUCGAGGAUUCUUCUUCAACGAAACCUAGGAUCGUGCAUCAGUUUCGUAGCCAAGACGGCGUGGCGGCUGCAACUCCGCCACGUGGGCACCAUUUGGCCACGUCAGCGCCCGUGGUCGUGCCUGACUGGAGUAAGAUUUACAGAGUUAACUCGGUGGAGUGGGUACAUGACUCGGAUGAUGGAUUGGAUGACGGCGAUUCGGAGAUGGUGCCGCCACACGAAUACUUGGCGCGUGAGUACGCUCGCAGUAAGAAAUCUGGCGGCGCUUCGGUGUUCGAAGGCGUGGGUCGGACCCUCAAGGGCCGGGACAUGAGCCGGGUCAGGGAUGCAGUAUGGAGCCAAACAGGGUUCGAUGGUUAACCAAUUUGUUAGCCACUUAGAGA